AUGCUUUCAGUUUUAUUGUCAGUUAUUUCUUUGGUUUCGUUAGCAACCAGUUGCGAACUUUUUACCAGUCUUGAUCAAGUUUACUAUGUUAAACAAGAUCCUAAUGAUCUUCCCAAACCAUACAAACCACACUGGUUUGCUGCCUUGUCAUGGGCUAUUAAGGGUACUGAAAUCUUUCCAAAUAACCAUUUCUACUUAACCUUGCCAUGUGUUUACAAGUUCAACACCGACAAGGAUUAUGUUCCUUUGAUUGGUACUGAUAAUGUUGAAUAUGGUCAAUGUUUCUACAAUCCAGGGGAAUUAUCCGUGUCAUACUCCAAAUUAGAUUGUGUUAUCCUGAACAAUGUUGUCAAGACCACCAAUGUCAAAGGUCAAAUUCACAUCCCAUUAACUUUCAAUGCUGGUGGUUCUCACCAUACACUCGACAAAGAUUGUGCUGAAAAGUACGAUGCUGGUUCCAACGUCAUUGCCUUCUCUGGUGGUAAAGCCUUCAAGUACACUGUUAACUUUGCUCCUGGUUUACCAUACAACCCAGACAAUGGUGUUUUCCACAUUCGUUACCAUCCAAAGGCAAACAGAUUACAACCUUACUUGGUUGCCGGUAACUGUCCAAAGGGUUAUUCCAAGGGUUACAUGGGAUUCGAAAUGAAGACCACUACCGCCAGACUUGAUUGUGGUCAUUGGGAAGCAAAGAGAGCUGAAUCUAAGAAGUUCAACAGUUGGAUGUUUGCUGAGUCUGAUCAACAUCUUUCAAAGUCUGUCACCUGUAGUAACAACAUUCUUUCCGUUUAUUAUAAAGACGUUGAUAAGGGAGAUCUUCCAUACCUUGACGCCAUUAUUGUUCCUACUGAUGGCUUCCCAGUUAAGAUGGUCUAUUACAACAGAUACACCUGUAAGGGUGAAUCCAUAGAACACAUUCAUGAUGGUUACUACGAAUGGGACAAGGAUUCAGAAUACCCCACUGCAGUAACCACUGCUCAUACUACUGCCACUGCUAUUGCUCAAUAA